ACCUUAAGAUGGUAUGUUGUCUUGGUGUUUUUGGGUUUUGAUGGGCUUUCAGUUUUCGUUUAGUUAAGUUCAGGUUUAUUGGUCUGUUUGUGGGAGUCUAUGACUCUAUACUAUUAUUAUGGUUGCAUGUAACAUUUAUAUAUUUGGCGCAUUAGACGGGAUAUGCUAUUUCCUCUCUUCUUCUGUUCUUUUUUUUUUUUUUCUGUCAAGAUUUUUAUAUAGAUUAAUGAUACCGGGCCAAGCCCAAAUUACAAAAUCCGAAGCCCAAACACUUAAACAAAAGGCACGAAGCCCAAAAGCCAAACCAACUACAGUCUAACCGCUAUAAACGGACCGCGGCCCAAACCAAUCAAGCCCAAACCGACGUCGGCUGGAUCAAACGCGUCGAGGAGACUGGCUGCUGAACACGUGGAAGCAUCUGCGCCAUCGGAUCGACACGCGUCGCACACCGUCUCUACCUGACCGUCUCUGCCUCGGGACGCCGUCGGAGCUAUCAAACCAUGCUUCGUUUCGCCGGAUCUCAUACCCCGCAACAAAACACCUUCCUUCCCGGUGGUCCUCCACCGAAAGCGUCAUCGGACAAACCGCGCUCUCAUCCGGACCACCCACUCUUCUCACACCACACCCUCAGCUAACUUCUCUUGUCGGCGGUCUCAUAGACGGAGAGCUUCAUCUUCUCCUAAGACCUCAUCCGCACUAUCUCGAUUCCACCCGAGCCGACAAGAACAAAACCCUAACCGAACUUUCACCGCUAACACCCAAAUUUUCUACGGGUACCAAACCGGCAGCAUGGAGCUACUGUAGCCUCCACCCUCCGGAGACAAGACGGCGACGACGGAGCUAGGUAAGCCUCCCCCUCCCGAAGACAGAACCGACGGCGGCGGAGCAAAAAGAGCCUCCACCUUUCGGAAUCGAACCUUGAUCUAAACGAGCCGCCUCUCCUCCAUCGAGAACCUUCCCACUACCGCGUCCUAACUCCACACAAACGACCACCAUGCACCAUGGAUUAGGCCGGAGCCAGAGGUCGGACAAGGCGAAAAUGGGGAGGGAUACGAAGGAGAUGCCUUAAGAAAGCUUUUAUACGACAGAACCGCGGUUCCGGCGACGGCACGCGCGCAGACGCGCCGGCCGCUCACCGGAACCACAAGGAGAUCUACUUUUCUUCUCUCUCUUCUCUCUCAGAUUAAUAUUGGAACCACAAUGAUUUUUGACAAAUAAACACUUUACCUUUUUUCUCUUCUUCUGUUCACUUGAAUCAUUUAUACUUUUAUUAAAAUUGGAACACCAGAAAAAAUCAGAAUGCUUAGUUAUUGAGAUCUUUAGAGAAGAGAUAUUAUUUUCCAGAAAUAGUCCUUCAACAUAUUUGGUUGAAUAUGACGUAAACACUAUCUCAUCUUUAUGGGUUGGGGGCUUUGGGGCAUGUGCAAUUCAAUUUGAGUAAAGAUCCAUAAACAGUCGACUUAUGUAUUGUAUUGCAUAGGAAAAUAAUUUAAACCUGGAAAAGUAAGGGUGCACACUAGCUGCUGUGUACCCUAUGAACUAACAAACAUUUGAUUUUCUACAUACACACUUUUUAACUUUUAAUUUAAUUGUGGGUGCACAUGCCCCCACACCUUUUAACCUGGCUUUGCCAUUGAUUGUAAUUGUCGUUGGAGGUUGAAAAAGGGUUCUUAAACGUGGUUCAUUAAUCCUAAUGUUGAUUAAUAAAGGCUGAUUUGAGUUAAUUGCGUUGUUGUUUCGUACUUGUUUGUACGAUAGCGUGGUUUUUUUUUUGAAAUUACGAUAGCGUGGUUUUAGAUGACAAGAACAAACGAUAAAUUGCCACAACGAUAAUAAAAUCCAAAACAGGCUCUUGGACUGCCGAAUAAAUUUGGGACAAAUGAUAUAUUGUCUUGUCAUUUGUCACUUCUUUUGUAAUAUCCAUAUUUUUAAAAGUUUAAUGUUUUGAUCCAAAAAAAAAAGUUUAAUGCUUUCGAGUGGAAAGAACCAAAUCGCAAAACAACAAUGCAUUCUCCAACAUCCGUCGGUGUUACAAAAGAAAAAAAAGAAGAUGCAAGUGCUCGAAAAGCGAAGAUAAACUCUUGAAACAAGAGUUAAAAGUAAACAUGUCAAGUGUCAGUCGUCAGGUGACUCAUUUACCUGAUUGACGUCAGUUCGACUUCUUAAGUCCAGUGAUUAUAUGAUCAAUUCCUAUGUUUAUCUAAUCAAACAUCUCACACUGGCAUAUAUAUACCAGGGCUAAAUCUUCUGAGGUUAAUUGAGUAAUAAAUAUUUUAGUCAAUUUUAAUAUAACUUUUUUGAUAAUUUGAGUUAUAAAAAUAUGUAUACUAUUUUCUCUUUAAUUUAGAAGCAAAAGCAAAUGUUUUCUUGACUGGUUUUCACCUAUAGCAUUCCAGAGAAUUUGAUAUUCUUACUUAGACAACAUAAUUUUAAAAAAGAAUCACAUAUGGUGGUUCGUAUAUUGUCCAAAUUUGGUGGGAACCAUGUGGAAUAUAUAAGGCCAAUGAUGGGUGACGGAAUGGGUAACAAGUUUAGCCCUUAUGAUCAAUCCUUGUCGAUGGUCGAAUAGACGGGUAAUUUGGCUUUGUCGCUUAUUUAGAAGUUUAUGUUUGUCCACUUAGGGUUCGUCUCAAAAUUGAGUUAAAUUACCACACAUAGCAGGAUGACAUAUCACAAAUUUUAAUUCCCUCAUUGGUGAAUCUUAUAUCAAUUUGUAGGAGGAAUACUCCGGUAUAAGAGCUAGCAAGUCUUCAAUUUGAUAUCAAUAUAUGAAGAUGUUAUAUUGGCAAUAGUCAUGUUAUAUAGUAGGUUUUGGAAAUGGAGUUUAUAUUGGUAAUAGCCGUAUUAGUAGGUCUUGAAUAGUAACAUAAAUCAAGCGGAUAGGUAAACACACGAAAUUAAAAUAAAAGAACUCUAACAAAAGUGUCGAUCCGAUUCAUAUAUGAGAAACUUAUUGAUUGUCGUUUACUAAAUUAUUAGCAAUAUUAUUGUUUUAAGUAUGCACGAGCAUAAACAUUAGAUAGACAAAACUACAGAUUAAAACUUUCUUAAUACUUAAAUAAGGUAAAAUGACGAGUGAAAAUCCAAUGAUUGGAUACAUGAUCGUACGGAAGUUUCCUAGGCCUCCGUCUCAUUGUUUUUCUAGCCUUUAAAUGAUCCAAAUGAGUCAACAUAUUCAACCGCAUGAAUUUUAAAAUUUCAAAACUAUAUAUAACAAUAAAUUUAUUAAUCAUGCAUGAGAAGAAUAUUACUAAACAUUCAUAUAUUACGUAGCUGCAUGAAUUUAAUUUUUUAGAACUAUAUAUAACAUUAAAUUCAUUAAUCAUGUGACAAAAUAAUAGUAUUCGUAUAUUAUAUUUUGCAAAUUGAUAGAUAAUAUAUCAAGUAGAGCCAACAUUUCUGAAACUUUCCAUUACAAGUUUAUAACUAACAGUCUCAUUCUACAAUCAAACCUAUAUACUUUAAGAAAUAUUUACGUCUCUACUCUAUAAUACUUUAGUUGUUAAAGCUCAGAUAUCAGUACACACGGAUAAAACCAUAUGAUAUAAGUAAUUGUCAUUUUGACCAAAAAAAAAGUAAUUGUCAUUUAUAAUACUAUAAUAAUCUUCUAAAGUGUGAUAACGUCAAUAAUCUUAACAAAAGUACAUAUCACUUUCUUUUCACGACCAUUUCUCUAUAUAUAUACCCCCAUACCACCUAAACCAUAAGAAACAUAUAUUAUCAUCAUUUUCCCACAGCUUGAAAAAAAAAUGUCCUUCAUCACAAGCCCUCACUGCCGCCGCCUCGCGGCAACCACCACAACCGCAGGCGUAGACUGCCAUAAACAAGUCCGUUCAUGGCGGCUCCUUCGCACCAUCGUCCAACUUCUCAUCCCAUCAUGCUACUGCACACUCGUAGAUCCAAAUGAUAAUCAAGAAGACAAAUCUUAUCGCCAAAUAAAACCAAGAACCUCUUCCGCUACCACAAACUCCUCAUCUUUCACCGGAACAAUCUUUGGUUUCCGUCGUGGCAAAGUAAACUUCUGCAUCCAAGCAACAAACGACUCCAAAACCCUAAAUCCAAUAAUUGUCCUCUUAGAACUCACCGUCCCUACCGAGGUAUUAGCCCGCGAAAUGCGAGGUGGCGUGCUAAGAAUCGCUCUUGAAUCAAACGAUGAGGAUGGGUAUGAUUCACAUCAAGAUUAUUCUUCUUUUUCACUUCUUACAACACCUUUAUGGAACAUGUAUUGCAACGGUCGGAAAGUUGGGUUUGCUAUCAAACGAGAGCCUUCAAAAACCGAGCUAGACGCGUUGAAGGUACUUACUCCGGUGACUGAAGGAGCCGGAGUCGUUAACGGUGAAGAGAUCAACCGAGAGAAGAGUGAUCAUAUGAUGUACUUAAGAGCGAGUUUCAAACGAGUUUUUGGAUCCUUUGAUUCGGAAUCUUUUCAUGUCAUCGACCCAAGCGGAGUUAUCGGACAAGAACUAAGCAUCUACUUUUUCAGAUCGUCAAGAAAAUGAUCUUUGGAUCAUUGUGUUUACAGCAUGGACGUGCACUUGCAUACUAUAUUACUAUAUUGGGAUUAUUGAGACAUUCUUGUGUGUUUUAGGUUUUUUUUUUCCCGAAAUAUUUUUUAGCUAUGCUUAAUUAGAUGAAAAUGUAAUAAGCAUAGCUUUUGAUGAUCUCAACUUUUGUAUGUAGUAGUGUUGGCCAUGUGUGUUCAUGUGUUUCUUGUAGUGCAAAGCAUUUUUAAU